AUGUCGUCAGAGCAUACUCAAUUUAUAUAUAAUGCAGCUACCGAGAACUGUGUAGAUGUUGCAACUCAUCGUCAUGGAUGUUGUGUUUUGCAACGUUGUAUGGAUAAUGCUUCUGAAGCUCAGAAGGCCCAAUUAGUUACGGAAAUCAGUCGUAAUGCGCUGGUACUCGUUCAAAACGAGUUUGCCAACUAUGUUGUACAGUAUGUUUUGGAAAAGUCUCCGUCACAUGUUACCAUUGUAGCUCAGCAGUUACUUGACAAUGUCUUUCUAUUGUCUCUUAACAAGUUCAGCUCCAAUGUGAUUGAGAAGUGUAUUAAACUAACGGAUGGAGAGACUCGUGAAGCUAUGAUCGCUGAAAUUUUGUUCCCAGAGAAACUGGAACAUCUAGUAGCCCAUCCUAUUGGAAACUAUUGUGUACAGACCGCUCUAGAUUUUGCGGACAAGAAGCAACGAGCUGUGCUCUUUGAGCUUCUCCAGCCAUUGUUGCCUUCGUUGCGCAACUCGGCUUGUGGUAAACGGAUUCAGAGCAAGCUUCUGAAGACGACAUAA